AUGGAUCAAAUUGAAUUGGACCAUGUUACACAAGUCAUCGCCUAUCAUCCAAGUUAUUUGGAGCACUUUUUGAAGAUUCAAACAUUUAUUAUGUACGCUGAUGGACCAUUACCGAAUGAAUAUCGACACUACCUCGCAAUCAUAGCUGCUGCACGUCAUCAAUGCGUUUAUUUGGUGAAUUUGCAUAAGAAAGAGUUUCUCGAUCAGAAUGGGGAUCCGAACUGGUUGAACGGUUUAGAUUUUAUACCACCAAAACUGCGUGCCAUUUAUAAUAUAAACAAAAUACUUGCACACCGACCAUGGCUGCUGACUAAGGAACACAUCGAGCGCUUGACCAAAGGACCGAACAAUUGGUCAUUAUCCGAAUUAGUGCAUGCAAUUGUGUUGCUAUCCCAUUUUCAUUCGUUGUCAUCGUUUGUGUUUUCAUGCGGUUUAACACAAGAAUUGGAUCCAACAUCUAAUCAAAAAUACAGUAAAAAUGUGCAAAAACCAAGCGAUAUCUCAUCACCGCCAAAUCGAUUUCGUUCCAGUUUAAUUGGUCAACGUAGACAAGAGGUUAGUGUUGAUGCUUUGAUGCAGCGCAUGCGUUCAUUGUCUCUGAAGCAGGAUGAAUGCAGUGAAACUGAAUUAAACGAUCGCUUUAAAACGGUCGAAAUACAGGCACACGAAUUACCUGAUACCAUAAAAGAGUUAAUUAUCGAGAUACCCGAAAAUAUCAAUCAUUUCAUCGAUGAUCCAUUGUUUACAUAUCAAGAGUUUACACGACGUGGCGUCGAAAAUGUGCCGGGCACAUUCCGCGUACAAGAUUAUUCAUGGGAUGAUCACGGUUUUUCAUUAGUAAAUCGUCUAUACAACGAUGUUGGCGAUUUAUUGGAUUUGAAAUUUCGAUCUGCAUACAAUUUAACGUAUUUUACAAUGGCCGAUAAAACCAAUGUAGAUACAUCGAAAUUUCGUCGUGCCAUUUGGAAUUAUAUUCAAUGCAUCUAUGGCAUUAGACACGAUGACUACGAUUAUGGUGAAGUGAAUCAACUGUUAGAGCGGUCAUUGAAAAUAUUCAUCAAGACUGCAUGCUGUUUUCCGGAGCGCAUCACCAAGAAAGAUUACGACAGUAUUUUAACGGAAUUGAAACACAGUGAAAAGGUUCACAUAAAUUUAAUGAUACUCGAAGCCCGAAACCAAGCAGAACUAUUGUAUUCAUUGCGCGAAAUCAUGAGAUACAUGACGUGA